AAUAAAUUACAGUAAAUACGAGUUAGGACAGCAUACUUACAAAAUUCAAUUGCCUUCUUUGGUGCGAACUUUCAAUGCCCGGAAGAGAAGAAGGUGAAACAAGCAUAGGUAUCACUGAGGAGCCCCAGGUGCCCAGCAUUUCAAUCGGAAUUACUAAUCUCAAGGCAAAGCUUGAAAAAAUAAGGGAGGCAAAAAAAAAUGUGAUGAAUCAAUCUCAAACACCAAAGAUACAAAAGGUUAUAUUCUAUCUGCGAGAACAAGACGAUUUCCACAAGAAUUAUGAGCCAAAAGUGGUAUCACUCGGUCCGAUCCAUCAUGGUAAUCCAAAUUACCAGCUAGGAGAGAAUUACAAGCUACUGUUGACAUAUGAAUUCAUUGAAGGUUUCAUUAAAGGUAGCGGUAAGAAUAUGGAAGAUGUAUACAACAUGAUUAAGGAGAAAAUCUAUGAAUUGAGGACAUGCUUCGAGGAGGAGUUGACCAAGGCAUAUGAUGAUGAGGCUCUCACUUCGAUUUUGUUCGUGGAUGGCUGUGCAAUAUUACAGUACAUAUAUUGUGCAACUAACAACAAGUUCAAAGAGUUGAAUAUAAAAACGGAUAGUGUAGCAUUUGGGCAACAGGAUUUGUUCUUGCUGGAGAAUCAACUUCCCUAUCGUCUACUCACAUGGUUGAUGAGCUUGAGUGUGAAGAAAGAAGAAUUGAGCAAAUCAAUUGAAACUUACAUUGACUCGCACGUUAAGGUACCAGAGGAUCAGCAAUCGAAUUGGUUAUCGUGGAGACUCUGCCAAAGAUCGAAGCCACAACAAGCACAAAGUGCGAAAGAAGAAAGCCACUAUGAGGUGAAGCUACAAGAUCAUACCAUAUCAGUGGCUAAAGAGCCCGUCCAUCUUCUUGACCAUCUGAGGACACGAAUGCUUCAUGGACAAGGGUACAUUCAUGAUGGAAAGGUUGGUGAAAUCAACCAAAAUAUACAAAAUGUCCAAGAGUACUGGCAAUCCUAUCGCAAUGUCCAGGAGCUUAAAACAGCAGGUAUCCAUUUGAAACGUGGUGAAAAUUGUUACUUGAGUGAGAUAAAAUUCACUAAACAAUUUCUUUUUCGUGGACAACUUCACCUUCCUCCAAUUGUUGUGGAUGACUCAACAAGGCCUAAGUUCCUGAACUUGAUAGCAUAUGAAAGGUGUCUGGAUUUUGAAAAUGAUUUUGGGGUCACCUCUUAUAUAUCCUUCCUUGAUUCACUAAUCGAUGAAGCCUACGAUGUUAAGAAGCUAAGGAAAGCACAGAUACUCCACAAUUUCCUUGGCAGCGAUGAAGAAGUGGCUAAACUUUUCAAUGAGAUAGGCACCGACUUGGUGCCUAACAUCGAAAUAUACAGGGAUGUCAGAUCACAAAUUCAGAAGCACUAUAGGAGCAAGUGGAUGACCUGGAUAGCUCAAGUCUUUCACGACUAUUUCAGUAGUCCCUGGACGUUCAUUGCUUUCUUUGGCGCAUUGUUAGCACUUGCUCUAACUAUCACUCAGACUUGGUAUUCUGUCAACUCUCCCCCAGGACCCUGCGAUAACUUCUGCAAAAACUUAACACCAAAGUAAAUAUGCAAAAGACGGCCAUUUCCAAAUAAUAAGGUCAUUCCAAAGCCAUAUCAUCUUGUUAAUUUGUUUACAGCUUGGCGUUGAAGUUUUCUUGAAAUAAGUCAGGGUGAUUGUACUUUCUAAUUUGAUGUAAUAUGUGUGGAUUUGAAAUAAUUGUGUCUGAGUUUGUGCGUGAUGUGUGUUAAAGUUUCAUAUGUAAUAAAGUU